AUGUCACUUAAGAUUUUAUUGAUCUUGAUAGGGAGACAGCAGACGUAUCCUGCGGGGCAAGAGGGAGACCUAUGGAAGGAGGACGGCGUAACAAUAAGGCAGACUCUGAUCAAAAUUCACAGCACAAGGGUGAAGGGGGAUGGUGGGCGGCAGCUCCGUCCAGAACCUCUGCACUACUGUUCCUUCGCCGAGGAUGCCUGUGGCUGGGUUCUUGAUCCAAAUAGCUGGAGGUAUCCUUGGUCUAGACUUGAAAUUUCAUCGGAUCCCGCCAGAUCAUCAAACAUGAACGAGGCGAUCAAUGAACAAUUUCCACAUGAAGAGGGCAUGGCCUUUUGUCUCAGCUUGGACUCCAGACGAUCUUCUGAUGACAGAGACAAAAGCAGACGAUCUGACGAUUGGUUUGGAAAGAAAGUGGUCACAGAAUCGGCCCGUUUAGAGUCAGGAGUGGUGCAAUCGCGCGUGUGGAGUCCUCCUAUACCCCCAUCUGUGGGUAUGCGAUGCAUCCGUCUCUUCUACUUGCUAUCUAUGGGCCGACCGUCAAUUCAAAUGUGCAUGUCGGAAAGAAAUGUAGAGCUGGGCAGUCAUCCAGAACCAUUUCACAUGUGCACAUUUUCCGAGGAUGAGUGUGGCUGGAACAACGACCAGAGCAGUUGGCGCCAUAGGUGGAAUCGCUUAAAGGUUGCUGAAACUUCAGAAUCCUUGGCUUCCAAUUCGGAUGAUGACCAUAUGGCAAUGUGUCUUUCUGCAAAGCAUCUAACACAGGAUUCUGCUGCUACACUAAGCUGGCUGACAAAACGGAAGUCUAGCCGGAGUGGUGUCCAAUUGCCAGCGGCGUCCAGCACCUCCAUGCCGUCGUUUGAUGUCCUGGCUCGCUUGUGGAGCCCGGCCCUAACGCCGGAUUUGGGCUUAACCUGUUUAACUUUCUCGUAUUUACUGUGGAUGGGCCGACUGGAAGCAGAUUACAGUGAACUUCCCAAACGAGCAUCGAGCCUGGCACUUCUGCAGCGCACUGAGGGGUGA